CGAAAUGACUAAAUAACGAAAUUGUAACUGAUUGAACAUGUUGUGUAGAACAUGUAUCCUUAUUUAAAAAUAGUGAAGUCUUGAGUGAUUGUUAAAAGCAAGAAUUUUUUGCGCUGCAGAAAAAAAAAUAUUUGCACUGGCGAUCGUCGCACACAACGAAAACAGCCAGUUGUUGCUCUCGUGGUGAAAUGAGCGCGUAAAUGAUGGCGACCCGAUUUCACGCGGAUUCGUAACUUUAUUUUUUUUGAAGAGGCACGAUCUAUCGUUCGCACUUUUCUGGGGAACCUCGAAUGUAGCGAUGGAAUGGAUUACGUCAAUCGAUAAAAGACCGUGCGAUCGUAACGUGAAAGACGUCGAGUUAAUCUGUGCGCGACUCCGUCGUGUCGACCAGCUGUGUCGACUUCCAAACUCUGUUCUGCAACAAUUGGCAUUAUGCGGCUACUACGAGGACCUGGAGAGUGGAGUUACCCUUUUUCGCCAGGGCGAUACCGGCAAAUGUUGGUACGCCGUGUUGUCAGGGACGCUCGAAGUGAGAGUCGCCCAACCAGAAACGGAUUCAAAGAACACGGUCAUUUUGUGCACUCUCGGGGUUGGCGGCACAUUCGGAGAAUCCAUUUUGCAGGAGUUACCACGCGAUACCACAGUUGUAACGCAAUCUACUUGCGAACUGUUGCGGGUGGAACAGCAAGAUUUUAAGCUCAUUUGGGAGAAAAACAAGGAGCUUAUGAACGAACUGGUCUCCAAUUGCAAACUUAAAAAUGGGUUUGGUGCCGCCGUAACGAGCAAAGGUAUGAAUCAAUCUGUGUCGCCUCCACCACGGAGAUCGAUGUCUCCCGAUCAACCGAACCCAGCCGAACCCAUAACCGAUCAGCCGAGUCAGAUUAUAGGAAGAAUAGGCUGGGCUUUAAGAACGUUGCUUUUAUCGGGAAAUACAUGCCUUAAGGAUCGAAAAGUAUCGGGAAGAUUGGUACGAAGAUGUGCUCCGGGAACAGAACUUGUGGACUGGCUUCUUAGCCUGUCCCCCAGCAUACACACCAGAUCGCAGGCGGCCGGAAUGUGGCAGGCGUUACUGGAGGAGGGGGUUAUUUCACAUGUUAGCAAGGAGCAACCUUUCAAAGACAAAUGUUUCCUCUACCGAUUCUGGCAGGACGAAGAGGGCGCGACGGCGUUACCCCCGUUGGAGGAUGUGGCAACCGCCCAGGAACAGAUACAAGACCACUUGGGUACACUGAUUAACAGAGGUCCCGACGCUUAUUUACGGAUGAUCCUACGGAAACCGAGCCACGAAAGGACAGUCGACGACAUAGAAACCAUUUACGAGGAACUCCUGCAUAUCCGAGCGCUCUCUCACUUAUCCAACUCAAUCAAACGAGAGUUGGUGAGUGUCAUAGUAUUCGAAGCCCAUUCGAAAGCUGGAACAGUGCUAUUUCACCAGGGAGACGAAGGGAGAUCGUGGUACAUAAUAGUAAGAGGUUCCGUGGAUGUCGUCAUACAUGGCAAAGGGACGGUAAAUACCCUUCACGAGGGGGAUGAUUUUGGGAAGUUAGCGUUAAUCAACGACGCUCCCAGAGCCGCAACGAUUGUACUGAGGGAAAACAACUGUCAUUUCCUCCGCGUGGACAAAGAAAAUUUUAAUCGCAUCCUCAGGGACGUCGAAGCGAAUACGGUCAGGUUAAAGGAGCACGGAAAGGACGUGUUAAUCCUGGAGAAAAUCACCUCGAAUACGAAACAGGUGUUUUCUUCGCAUUUCAAAUAUACUGUGAUGGCGGGAACCCCGCAAAAAAUGUUGGAGCAUUUAUUAGAAACUAGGUUAGACGGCAGGGGAACCAUGGGCGGAGGCGAUAGUUUUAUAAUAGCCACCGCGCAGGAUCCCUUUCUCGACGAUUUUCUUUUGACGCAUAUCGUUUUCUUCCCUGCGCACCAAUUAAUUGAAGAACUGGACAGAUAUUAUAAUAUAGACUACUCGAAUCAAGACAAGGAGUUUGUGUUGGCCUGUAAAAGAAGAGUUAUCCAAUUUGUAUAUAGGUGGGUGACAACGAUACGACAACCCGUGUUCGAGGACGAUAUCGCAGUGGAGUUUCUGGAAGACCUCGCCGAGGCACUUGAAAAUGACAUUAUGCACUUCGACGCCCUGCAGGAGGAGGCCAGCCUCAUGCACCACGUCAUGUCUCAAUUGAGAAGAUAUCAAGAAGACCGCAAAGCCCACGAGGGCCAAAAAUGGAAGCUGCCGCCUCUAGGACAGCCGAUAAGCCUUUUUAGCGCCGGCGACGACACGAACAGGACAAUAAUAAUGCCUCAGGAUGACAUCAUUUUUCGUGUGUACUGCGCCGAUCACACAUAUUGUACGUUACGAUUGCCAGUGGACACGCCCGCCGAAACCAUCAAAGUCGUAGCCGCUGAUAAAUUGAAAAUGAGGGAGGAUGAACUUCUCUUGGUAGAAGUAAAGUCUAACGGGGAGCGAGUGGUUUUUAAAGACAACGACAUUAGCAUACCGACCGCCCUGUCCAUUAACGGAAGGAUAUUCGUUUCUCCCAAGGAUCAUUUAGAUGCGUUGACAUGUUUAAGUGAACAGGAGGAAGCCACACAGGGAAUCGAAGGUGACAUCGAAAUGUUUGGUACCAAAGAACUUGCCUAUUACAUGACAUUGUUCGAUUGGGAUUUAUUUUGGUGCGUCCAUGAAUACGAGCUGCUUUACCAUACAUUCGGGAGGCACCAUUUUGGUCAAAUAACGGCGAACCUGGAUGUGUUCCUGAGACGCUUCAAUGAGAUCCAAUUUUGGGUUGUCACCGAAAUUUGCAUGAUUGGCAGUUUAAGCAAACGAGUCGCCGUGCUUAGGAAGUUUAUAAAACUGGCCGCAUAUUGCAAAGAAUAUCAAAACCUCAACGCUUUUUGCGCCAUUGUAAUGGGACUCAGCAACGUAGCAGUUUCGCGUCUCUCCAAUACAUGGGAUAAGCUGCCUUCAAAGUUUAGAAAGCUUUAUACCGAGUUUGAAUCUGUGAUAGAUCCCAGCAGAAAUCAUAGAGCGUACAGGGUCAGCGUCGGAAAAUUACAGCCGCCAGUCGUCCCGUUCAUGCCUCUACUGAUAAAAGACAUGACGUUCACCCACGAAGGGAAUAAAACCUCCCUGGAAGGGCUGGUCAACUUCGAGAAAAUGCAUAUGCUCGCUCAAACCAUGAGGACCAUUAGAUUUUGUAGAAGUAGACAUUUAGUUUUGGAUCCCCCUUCACCGAAAAGCGAAGGCGAAGUAAAAUCUUACAUUUCGUGUUUACGGGUAAUCGACAAUCAAAGGAUUUUGACAAGUAUGUCUCAGAAAUUGGAACCGAGGAGGUCUUAGUGGCAUUAUAUAACUCAAUGAGUAACGACUGCCUACGGCGGAAGAGGAUGCCUGUCAUACGCCUGUCCGUUUUAUUGGGUGUUCUCGUUAAAAGGAUCUCAACCUAGUUAUGUGUAGACAAACAACCGGAAUGCGUCACAAUAAUUAAAAUUCUUUAAUCAGUAUUCUUGAAUGGACCACAUCUUCAAUAUUUAAUAAGCGUUACUAUUACUUUUAUCUACAGGACGAACCCGCGAAAAUAACCAAAAAAUAAUGUUAUUAAACCUCGAGUUGUUUAGUACAAAUAAUUAAAAACUCUCCGCUCCUUGGUCUAAAAUUGCAUAAACGUAGUUGUGCAUUAGUUAUAUGUGUGUUUUUUGUGCCCCGAAUUUUUUGUUCAAAUAUAUGAUCCUGUAAAAUAACGAACUUAUAUCAAAAAAAUAUUUUUGUGACACAUUUUUUUAAGAAUCUAAUACGCACACUUUUACGUAAAAUAAGACACAAUUUUUUUAUUGUCGGUGUUUUGUAUAUAAUGUAUGAAUCUUUCAAUAGCGGUGUAAGUAUCCGCAAGUAACUGUGAAAGCUUUAAAAUAAAAAAGAUUGGCGAGGUAAGUUAUUUAUAAAAGAGAAUAAAAAUUAUCAAAGAAACGUAGCACUGUAUCGUAGUUACCUAAAAACUAUUAAUUUUUAAAUAUCGUCCGAAUAAAAUCGUUUGGAACCAUAAAGCAAUAAAUCUUUUGUACAUAACAAAUUCACGCGAUAGCACCAUAGUUUAAAAUGCAUGAAUUUCAAAUUAUCCAAUGGAAUUGUCUAUAUUUAUAACCUUUUUCCACGUAGUGAGUCCCAAACAUUAUAAACCCCCAUAAUAAAAUUAAUUCGAUUUUCAUGAAGCCAUAUCUAUAAAAACAAAUAUAUGGUACCACAAGCAAUGCAUAUCCACACAUUAACCGUUCAACCACGCCAUAACGAAAAUAAUCAAAAUUUUGGCAUAUAAAUAAAUCGGGACAUCCUUGGUUGGAUAUAAGAUUUGUUAGGACAAUCAGUAAAAUUAGGAUGUUUUCUAGUAUUGUGCAACAUUAUAACACGGUAGAGUAGCAAAAUGUCCGCAAUAGAAAGAAAAAUUUUUGGUAUACCAAUUUCGCUGACAUUUGAUGCACUACUAAAGUGGGCGUCACAUUUUCACACUGGAAACAACGAAAUAGUUGAAAAUUACACACCCUUCAAUGUACAAAACAAAAACGAUAUGUGAAAUUAACCCAUAUUAGCAGUUCAAUUAAAAUUAAAAUCCUUAACAGGUUCUUCAAAACUUAUUAAAAUCUAUUACUUUUACUUGAAGUAAACAAUUAAGAUGUAGUUCCUAUAGGAUGAAAAAUAAACCGAAAAAAAUAAAUAAACAUACCAAAAAUUUUUCUCAAGUGUAGAUUUAGAAAAAUAUUCCUCUUUGCGUACUAAUUUUAAAGUUUUUAAAGAGAUUUCAUGAUGUGAUAUGGAUAUUUAUAAUAUAUAUUUUAGUUCUAUACAUAUAUAUUUGUAGUUGGUAGUACCUUUUUGAUUUUUCUAUUUGAUGCCAACGAAUGUUGGUGAAUUGUAAGGAAAACACUCCAAUGCAUGUAAAAAUAUUUAAUUUUAAAUCUCCAGUAUCUUCAAAAAGUCCAGUAUGUUAUAAAAUUUUUAAUAUAUUAUGAAGGUGUAAUAUAAAGAAAACAAUAAAAUAU